AUGUCCUUGUCUAUAAUGAGCGGUCUAAGGAAGGCACGAUACUUCCUCUACACAUGCCUUCUUUUCACCAAGUCAGAUAUCAAGACGACAUUGAUACCGGUUAGCUUAUUGGCUUCCGCGUCGGCACCCUUGAGGAAUGUUUCUCGUCUACCCCAUGUCCUUUUCUGGGUGUGGCUUCACCUCCUCCAAUGCGACCUCUCCAAUCAGACUAUGGAUCCAUAUGAAGACGAACAGAACAAAAACUAUAGACCCCUUCCAGCAAAGCGCAGAUCUCUGCAGGAAGCCCUUCAAUUCCGCUGGUACAUAGUCCCAGCAUGCCUGGUCCUCUCUGCAAUGUACAGUGCGGAAGCGGUCUAUGCAAAUAUUGCUCUCGCUGGACUGACCGUCUUGUAUAAUGAGUUCCACGCACACAGAGGGCACUGGGUGCUCCGCAACCUCGUAAACACAUGCGGACUUGCGUUCUUUGAUUUAGGAGCGACACUUAUUGCAGGUACAGAUCCUGUGGCAUUGUCACAGUUUUCUCGUGCCACGUGA